AUGGUGAUGAAGUGCUUUGCCGCUUGGCUCCUCCUGGGACUGCCAGCCCACGCAUGGUGGUGCGAAACGAGUCGAAGCGUCGGAUGUCGGGGACGCAUCAAAGAGUUUGUCAAGGAGGUGACAGCUACAGAUCCUUUUCUGGCCCUGAGCCAUAUUCACACUGCUGUGAAUGACGAGCCGAUCGUGGUCGAUUGGGACAAUGAUGGUGACUAUGAUGUGAUCGAUGGCAUCAAGUACUAUCAAAGACACUCUUUCUCUGGAAGAGUCCACGAGAUAGUUGACAACCCCUUCGUCAACAUCUCUGCAGGUGGAUGCGCCGAUCUCGCAGUAGCAGAUUGGGAUGGGGAUGGAAAUUGGGAUUUGCUGGUGGCUGAUAUGGAUGCCCCCAUGGUCCAUUUUGAGCAGUCUCAAGGUAGACUGGUGCGCGUGGAGAAAGCUGCCAGCCCGUUUCGUGACAUCAUUGACAUGGCAGAAGCCAAGCACCUCAGACCCUUAAUGGCAGACUUCAAUGGAGACGGCCGCAUGGAUUUGCUUCUGAUGCCCAAGAUUGCAGAAAACCAUUUCUUGAAUGGAUCACCGGAUCCUUUUUACAUUCGUGAUUGGCGUUGCGAGUUCUUCCUUUAUCUUCAAACUGGAGGAGGCCAACUGAAAAAAGUUGAUAUUCCAUACUUGAGAAACCCUGCUUGCUCCUUUGCCGGUGGCAAUGGUGCCUCCCUGGUUGAUUUGGACAAUGAUGGUGAUUUGGACGCAGUAUUUGGAGCACGUGAAGGUCCCUUGCUUGUCUAUGAAAACAAAAAAGUGCUUGGUCAGCAUAUCUUGUCGCCGCGUGAAAUGCCUGCCGGAAUGCGCAUGGACACCAUCCUGGAGAAGGGAGGGCUUUUCAAUUACUUUUACCCCGUGCUCGCCGACUGGGACUUCGAUGGUGACCUUGACUUGGCUUUAGUCACCAUACUUAGCAACCUUCAACCACGAUUCUUUGAGCAUCAAGAGGAUCAUACGGUCAUUGAGCUAGAUGGCCCGCCGAACAUCUCCUGCCCCAUUGAUUGGAGCAAGCCCUUCAGCAUGCUCGAUAUGAACGGGGAUGGAACUCUAGAGAUGGUGGGCCGUGGCACGGGGCGUAUGUAUGGCACGAUCGUUUGCGCACGGAACGGCACCGACUUGGUGGAUUCCAAAUGUGAGAUGAACCCUUUCUGCCUUUGGGCAGUCUUCAAUGGCAUGGUUGGCUUCGUGCGGGACUCCGUGAAGGAGAUGCUCAAGGAGAAAGAGAUCUCAAUGAAACUUGAGGUCAAGAUGGUGUACACGGAGACACAAGUGGCUAUAUGGAUAGAGCGAUCUCCCUACCUGGAAGGGCAGUUCAACGCAAAUGAGCAAGAAGGCUGCAUCAGCUCAGGGGCAAACAAGAUCACCCAAGGGCAAUUCCCUUCUUGGUUGGAUUGGGACGGAGAUGGAGAUGUGGACGUUUUGAAGGUUGCUCGGCCAGGUGAACUACACCUUCAUGAGCAGCUCUUCAAUGGCACCUUUGUGUUGAAGGUCCUCCCGGUCCCUCCAGUCCGUGACUAUACUGCAGCUGAUUUUGAUGGAGAUGGUGAUGUUGAUCUCUUGAUUGCUGUGCCCAAGGAACCUGGCUGCAGGUACUUUGAGCGCACAGGCGAUGGAAGCCUCAAGGAGCUCAAGGGAAACGACAACCCAUUCAAUUCCGUUUGCGGUUCUACCGGCUCACUUGCAAGCAGCGCCCUCAACGAAGAGUUCAAAUAUUUCACCUUGGGAGAUUGGGACCAGGAUGGUGAUAUGGACAUGAUCGUGGUGGAUGCUCAUGAUGGGGUACAACUGUUCAAGGCUCAAGGCGUCAACCAUUUCUUGGAGACACCCAACUCUCCUUUCUCGACCAUCUCCUUGCCCGACAACAUGAUGGUGAGCUUGGCAGAUCUCGAUGCCGAUGGUGAUUUGGAUGUAAUUGUUCCUUCACAUACAUACCCUAAAGAGUGCUGCGACAUGGAGUACAAAUAUUUUGAGCGUGUGGCCAGUGGAGACUUGGUGGAACUUCAUAUGGCCGUGCCGCCUCUGAGGGCCGUGCCGUUGACAUUCUUCGAGGGGGGUACAAAGAGCCCCUUUGUGUUUCAACGACACUUGGUUGCUGACGUGGAUGGUGAUGGAGACUUGGAUGUGGUUCUAGGAGACUAUUUUUCCAGGGACAUCCAGUACGCGCAGCAACAAGAUGGCCAGUUCAUUUGGCUGCCAGACUCGCGCAACCCAUUUUAUGAAGUAGUUCAGCAGAUCAAGGACAAGGUCUUGUGUUGGAGCAUGGUCGACUGGGACCGUGAUGGCGACUUGGACGUGUUGGCGCCUCAAACCUAUGAGGACGGCAAGAACAUGCGACUGGCAUCACACAUGCGUCUAUUCGAGCAGGUGAGCGACGGCAGCAACUCCAGUUUUUUGGAGGUCGUCGGUUCUCGAAAUCCUUUUGAUGGAUUGAGCAUUGACAUGACAGCUGAAUGCCCUUCCCUCAUUGACCUUGACGGUGACGGAGACUUAGAUUUGGUGCUCAUGCUUACCAGUAAGAGGUUCGAGUACUAUGAACAACGUGAAGGGAGAUAUCACCAUGCUACAAGCAAUCCUUUCGAUGGAGUCUCUAUCAAGAAAGGUUCUACAAUGCAACCUUUGUUCACUGACUGGGAUGGUGAUGGCUCGUUGGAUAUGCUGGUCACAGGUUCGACUAAGCUCCUCUUCUUUCAACAAGGCUUUUGCUUGCCUGCCUCUUCAUAUUGCCGCUGGGGCUCUUGCAAUGAGAGGACAAAUCAAUGCGAAUGCAACGAUGGAGUUGAGGGCCACGACUGCAGCAUUUGUGGAGAAUAUCAUGUUCGCACGGAGGACUGGGAGGGCGAUGCUUGCGAACAAGGUGCAUGUCCACCAGGGCAACGCCUCGAUCGGGAUGCAGAUGUGGACCUCGUAAGUGCCAAGUACCCGAGGUGGCCACAUUCCAGCCGCAGACGCCACCAGUUGCGCUAUGUGGCAAUUGCUGGAGCACCAAACUGCAGUUCAUGCCCAGCAGGCACUGCACCCAAUGCAGAGGGAAGUGAGUGCAUCGAGUGCCACACAGGUCAGUAUUCCAGGCCGCGCUCCGCCCGGUGCAGCAUGUGUGAGCCAGGCUUUGCUCCAGACGCCACAAGAAGCAGCUGUCAGAAAUGCUUGGGUCAAAGCUAUGCGAAUCCAGGGGAUGAGCUUUGCCGUGCUUGUUCCUUUCCAUCCAUGAUUUUGAAUGAUGACAAUUGGUGUACACCGAUCUACACAAUUCUUUUUGUGUUUGGCUUCAUCCUUCUGAUGCUAUUUGUCAUGACUGCAUUUGGAAGGCUACGCCUUGAAUGUCUCCGAUGGCGUUUGAAGGAUUUGAUCCAAGCAAAGAACUGGCAUGACUUGCAUGCUACUAAGUGUACAUUUCUUGAGUAUGGCCUUUGCAAGAAGAAAGCUGAUCGCCUGCUUAAUGCACGGAAAGCUGAUGUGAAGGCAGAAUCCUUUCAACUUGGCAUUUGCUUGCAGUAUGUCUUCGAUCAUUUGGAAGGUAUGUACACAGAAAGAGCACAGCAAGCCGAGUGGCGUUUUCACGAAUGGCCUUUGACGAAGACUGGCUACCUUGUCAAGAUUCGCAACUUUGGACUCCAAGUUGUUGACCCAGAAGCUGCUUGGAAUGCGUUGCCAACAUGCAGCUAUCCGAAAGAUCCAAAUUUCCAUCAAGUUGCACAAGUCUUGGCAUACGGACCAUGGGCCUUGGGGAAGCACAUGUGUUGCCCACGUGACGGCCAACCAGAUUGUAGUGUUGUGGACGCCCUUCAACCCGAGAACAGCAGUGGCAAAGCCACUUGGUUCCUCUCCUGGGUCUGGGGAUAUGGCUUCAGGACGGUGACCACGGCCCUAUCUAAGUGGUGGCAAAAGCAUCGAAUUGUGUCCGGUGAUGCCUGCUCCAACAUUUACAUUUGGUGGUGCGUGUUCGUGAACAACCAGUUCAGGAUGUUGGAAGAAGGUGUGAUGGAGCCGCCGGAUAAUUUGUUCGAUGUGUUUGGGCAACAGUUGGAGGGCAUUGGCAAGAUGCUCAUGAGUAUUCCAGCUACGGUGAUCCUUCCUGAGCUGGAGGUGGGCGAAAUCGAGUCAUUGAAGGAUUUGACUCGAGAAUGCCGAGUGGAUGCCGCAGCCGCUAAAGCCUCUGUCCAAGCAGAUGCAGAUGCAAUCAAAGAGGAGAUCCAAAAGAAGCACCAGUCAUUCCAAUACGUGAACCAGACAGUGGAGCAUGCUCUUUGGUGCGAAGUCAUUGAAUACCUUGAAGCGAACAGUACGGAUUCGUCCACGCGGGACGAGGGCACCUCUGGUGUGCCGUCCAGCGAGGAGUCCACGGAGUCUGUUCCCUCCACGAGUUCGACGAAGAAAGGUCCGACGUCGUCAGAUUGCAGCCUUCAAUGA